GGCGUGGCCAGUACUAAUAAAGACUGGGAGCGGCGGGCUGCUGCAGUCGCUUCCGCCGCAGCUGGGGCUCCAGCUGGUUGUUUGCAGGCGGAGCUCUGGGGUUACGUCGACUUCAGCCGCAGCGUUUCCUCUGCCAGGUGUCUCGCCGCAGCCUCGGGAGAGGAGACGGACGCCUCCCCCCUCUGUCAGAGAAAUGUCUGCUCCGGCUCAGCCACCCACCGAGGGGGCAGAGGAGACUGCCCCAGGUGGGGGUCCCCCUGGCCCUCCUCCUAAUGUGACCAGUAACAGACGACUACAGCAAACCCAGGCACAAGUGGAAGAGGUGGUAGACAUCAUGCGUGUGAAUGUGGACAAAGUCCUGAAGAGGGACGAGAUACUGUCAGAGCUGGAUGACCGAGCUGAUGCCUUGCAGGUGGGAGCGUCGCAAUUUGAGAGCAGCGCUGCCAAGCUAAAGAGGAAGUAUUGGUGGAAAAACUGCAAGAUGAUGAUCAUGCUGGGAGCUAUCUGUGCCAUCGUCGUGGUAGUUAUUGUAAUCUACUUUUUUACUUAAGAAUGUGCCACCCCUUCCCUGUUCUCCAUUGCCAUCCAAACUCAUGUCCCCCUCCCUCUGUUUGCUCUCUCAGUGAACUUCCCUGUCUGCCUUCCUCCAUCCUAGCCCAGGCUUCUCCAU